AUGCCCGAAAAACUUCCCGCGCUUCGGCCGAUGAAUGGCGAUGAUAAAGAUACACGAGAAGCCAUCGCCAUUAUUGGCUUGUCUUUUAAAUUUCCACAAGAAGCAACCUCGGCCCAGUAUUUCUGGGAAAUGUUAAUGCAAGGCAGAACUGCCAGCACGGAAACUCCAAAGUCACGGAUGCAUACAGAUGCAUUCCGUCUCUCAGGAGGUCGUCAAUUUGACAAGUUCACAACUAGCAAGGCAUGUUUUAUUAAAGAUGAUAUCGCAGCAUUUGACGCGCCUUUCUUCUCCAUUUCUCGCGAAGAAGCGGAAACUAUGGAUCCGCAGCAGCGCGUGCUUUUGGAGACAACAUACCGUGCUUUCGAAAACUCAGCUGGCCUACCCAUAGAGAAAGUCUCUGGCUCCAAAACAUCUGUCUUCGUAGGCAAUUUCACGGACGAUUACAAAAUGAUGUAUUGUAAAGACCCCGAACAACCAUUUCAGUAUGGCGCCACCGGCUGCUUGAUGUCGGUACUGUCUAGUAGGCUCAGUUGGUUCUUCAAUUUAACAGGCCAAAGCCUGAGUCUUGACUCGGCCUGCUCAAGCUCAUUGACAGCGGUAGAUAUUGCAUGCCAACAUCUUCUCGGAAAAGAGUCUGAUAUGAGUGUAGUAGGUGCUUCUAAUUUGAUUUUCUCUCCUGAUAUGAUGCUCCUUCUAUCGAGUUUCAAUGUACUUUCUCCCCAAGGUCGCUCUUUUGUUUUUGAUGAGAGGGCAAAUGGGUAUACAAGAGGCGAAGGUCAUGCUGUGCUCAUUUUGAAACGCUUCUCCGAUGCUUUGAAUGAUGGCGACUGCAUCAGGGCCGUGAUUCGAUCGUCAGGCAGUAACCAAGAUGGUCACACUCCGAAUGGAAUGGCCCAGCCGAGUCGAAAGGCGCAGGAAUCGCUCAUUCGACAUACAUAUGAGAAGGCUGGGCUCAGUCUUAGCCGGACAAUGUUUGUUGAAGCCCAUGGCACAGGGACGCGAUUGGGCGACGCCGUGGAAGUCAAUGCUAUUGGUAGUUCAUUCAAAAGCAGCCGGGGUGAAGUGGUGCCGUUAAGUCUAGCAUUGGACACCUUGAAGGAUGCAGUGGCUUGGCAGGCCUGA